AUGGCUGUGUGGAGGACCUUUGUUGAUGCCCUAGACGCUUUGACAUGGUUAUGCUAUUGCCAUGUGCCAGCGUUCUGUGACAGUCUUCCACGCUAUGAGACGACACUGAUAUUUGGCCGCACACUGCUGCGCUCAGUAUUCCAGACAAUGAGGAGACAGCUGCUGGACAAGUUCAGAGCUGAGAAGGAUAAGAUGCCACCGGAGAAAAGAACACUGGUGCUGACACAUUUUCCAAGGUUUCUGUCCAUGUUAGAAGAAGAGGUGUAUGGUGCUGCCUCUCCUAUCUGGGAUCCUGAAUUUACACACAAACCUGCCAAUAUUUCCAACUCGCCACCUGCCACACCCACAGAUGUGUCAUCUCCCAUCGUAACAUCCCCAUCUGGUGCCGGUGUGAGCGGCUUGGCAAGGUUCCAGACUUCCGGAGUGACCACGUCCACAGCGUCCAGUCUAGAGGGGUUUACGCAGAUCAAUGUUAGUCCUGGACUCAUUAGUGGUGCCAGGAGGACGUCUAAGAGCAAAGAUACAGCAGAGAAAAGAAAGCUGGAGGAGGUGCCAGUCCUAGAAGAGUCCAAGAGAAGACGGAUCGAUGGUGAUGUUCCAAUGGAGCUGGUCAACCAGGUCAUUGCGACUAUCUCAGACCCAGAUCUUAUGUUAGGGCCAGAGACCACAGCCUUCACGGCCCACUCGGCCAGAGAUGAGGCAGCCAGAAUAGAAGAGAAGAAGGGCACCAUUGAGUUCCAUGUGGUGGGGAACUCUCUCAGUCACAAGCCCUCCAGACAAACCCUGCUCUGGUUGAUAGGGAUGCAGAAUGUUUUCUCCCACCAGCUGCCCCGGAUGCCCAAGGAGUACAUCACUAGGCUGGUGUUUGACCCUAAACACAAGUGUCUGGCCCUGGUGAAAGAUGGCAGGGUGAUAGGUGGAAUCUGUUUCCGUAUGUUCCCAAUGCAAGGGUUCACUGAGAUCGUCUUCUGUGCAGUCACUUCCAAUGAACAGGUUAAGGGUUAUGGUACACAUCUAAUGAAUCACUUAAAAGACUACCACAUUCGACACAAUGUUCUACAUUUUCUCACAUUUGCCGAUGAAUUUGCAAUAGGUUACUUCAAGAAACAGGGCUUUUCCAAAGACAUCAAGCUCCCAAAGACGGCCUAUGCUGGUUAUAUCAAGGACUAUGAGGGAGCUACACUGAUGGGGUGUGAACUUAACCCCAAGAUACAGUACACACAGUUCUCUCAUGUUAUCAAGAGACAGAAGGAGGUCGUCAAGAAGCUCAUAGAAAAGAAACAAGAGGAGGUACAGAAAAUUUUUGCUGGUUUAAAAUGUUUCAAAGAUGGUGUCCGUCAGAUUCCCAUUGAAAGCAUUCCUGGGGUGCGUGAAGCAGGGUGGAAACCCACCAUGGACCCAGAUUAUGGUAAAACUCCCAUGGAUCAGGAACAGCUAUAUGGAAUUCUCAAGUCAGUCUUGCAACAAAUUAAGAGUCAUCCAAAUUCUUGGCCAUUUCUAAAACCUGUUGACAAAAGUGAUGCACCAGACUACUAUGAUCAUAUAAAAUACCCAAUGGAUCUGAAAACAAUGAGUGACAGACUGCGUUGCCGCUACUACUGUCACAAAAGACUUUUUAUUGCAGAUCUGACCAGAAUCUUCACAAACUGUCGCACAUACAACAGUCCAGACACCGAGUACUACAAAUGUGCUAACAAUUUAGAGAGAUUUUUUCAAAGUAAAAUGAAGGAAGUGGGGCUGUGGGAAAAAUGAAAACUUAUUUUUUUUUCCUUAAGGAAGAAAAAGAAAUCAUUAUGAAGACUAGUGACUACAGGUGCAAUAGAAUUUUUUUAUUCAUAUUUUGUAUUUUAAUUUCUAAUAAGAAAUGCAUUUUCUGAAAAUGCGAAACUCUUUAGCGAAUAGGAUUGGAUAAUGAAAUAAAUUGGAAAUUUGCAAGACUGGGACUAAAAUCAUCCCUUACUUCUGUAAUAUGUAAUGUCACAUAUUUUGAUAGGAAAAUAGCCAUAUUUGUUUGAUUAUAGAUAAUGUUUUCUGCAUAGCAGACAUAAAUUAUAUCUGGAAUACCAUUGUCAAUAAUGCUAUCUAGAUAAAAAAAAAA